AACUAAUACGACGGCUCUGUUGGCGGUGUUCAACACAGCGGUUUCUCUUUCCGGCGCAGUACGCUGGGAUGCUGAUGCUGGGAAGCCUCGUUGAUCUGUAGCAUCAUUAGGACUCAAUGUUUUUCGACAUGUUGUAUUGUCUGAAGUUGCAGCACUGUGUUGACCUCUGUCUGGGCGGCCUACUCUUGUUUUUAGCGGGGCUGCAGCAGGUGGAAGCAGCCGCCGCCGCGGAGAUGUCCAACUUAAACUGGAAGCCGUUCAUCUACGGAGGGAUGGCCUCGAUUGUCGCAGAAUUUGGGACAUUUCCUAUUGACUUAACUAAGACCCGGCUUCAGGUCCAGGGGCAGUCCCAGUACACAGAGGUGCGCUACAGAGGCAUGUUCCAUGCCCUCUUCAGGAUUGGCAAAGAAGAAGGAAUUCGGGCACUUUAUUCUGGGAUUUCCCCUGCUCUUUUGAGACAAGCGUCUUAUGGGACUAUUAAGAUAGGAACCUACAACUCCCUGAAGAGGCUGUUUGUCAGUCAUCCAGAAGAUGAGACUAUGGUCAUCAAUGUUUUCUGUGGUGUUGUGUCUGGAGUCCUGUCGUCCUCUCUUGCCAACCCUACUGAUGUCCUCAAGAUCAGAAUGCAGGCACAGGGCAGCCUGCUUCAAGGCAGCAUGAUGUCCAACUUCAUUAACAUCUACCAGACAGAGGGAACCCGGGGGCUGUGGAGAGGUGUCAUUCCUACAGCACAGCGUGCAGCCAUUGUUGUUGGGGUGGAACUUCCUGUCUAUGACAUAACAAAGAAGCACCUGCUUCGCUCUGGCCUCAUGGGAGACACUAUUCUGACGCAUUUCAUUUCAAGUUUCACGUGUGGCUUGGCGGGGGCGCUGGCCUCCAACCCUGUCGACGUGGUCCGGACCCGCAUGAUGAAUCAGCGAGUUCUGUCAGGAAACCCAUUAUACAAAGGAACACUGGACGGAGUGAUGCAAACUUGGAAGAACGAGGGCUUUUUUGCCCUCUAUAAGGGGUUCUGGCCUAAUUGGCUGCGACUUGGGCCUUGGAACAUCAUUUUUUUCAUCACCUUUGAGCAGUUGAAGAAGCUUCCAUUUUAACAGGAGCAGAAUAUUGGACCUCAGCGGUCUACUAGACUGUGUGGGGAAAAGUGGGAUGUGAGCACGACAGCACCUGAUUUGACAAGUAUAAUCAGUCUCCUUUAAUCCACAUCAGUAAUACAGCACACACUGUCUCUACUCAUGAUUAUCCAAAUUAAGUUUUUAUUUCUUUAUAUUGCCCCUAGUUCUGUUUUCAUACAGUUUUAAGGACCUAUGCUUUGAUGGUUACUCCCACCCUUUGUCACCUUUGACACUCCCCAGGCAGCUAAGCUAAUUGUUUGGUUGUAUAUGAAGAUUGAUUCUUUUUUCUUUUUGAAUUGAGAUGUUGAGAAAGGUGGAGUUUGCCACUGGGGUCUGGGUGAGUGGAAACCCAAGUAAAAAGGAUGUUUAUGAAUGUUUGAUUUGAAGAAGGUCAAUGAAUUCAGUACUGAGCCUCUGGGUUGUUAGUCUAGACAUUUGUGACUAAGCACUUUGUGAAGCUUAAAAUUUAAGACUUGAUGUGUGGGAACCCUGUAAUUUAGGGGGAAAAUGCAAUGCAUGAAUAAUCUCGGCAAGAAAUGUUGAGGAAUUGCAUGAAUGGUACAAAAGACAAAGUGACUGUUACUGUACUGUAGUUACACUGAGAACAAACUACACUCUUUCAUUAAGGAACAGUGUAGAAAAAAUGCUCAGCAGCAGAUAAGUUCGGGUUUGUGUUGAACAUGAUACAGCACCACAUAUUGUGAUUUUAGUCUCGGUACAAUGUCACAAACCAGAGACACAUUUUACCCUUCUCCAACUCUGAAAUAAUGAGGAACAUAUAGAAGCUUCUAUUCUCAACAAAGUGACAUUUUUAAUUAUUAUUUAUUGUUGGGCUGAAUCCAGGUUCGUCACACUCAAAGAAGUUCAGUCUGCUGCAGUAUUAGGAGUUCAUGACUUACGAGCAGGAUUUUAAUGAUCCAGUACUGUACAAACUCUCCCACACAGUUAAUGUGCAUGUAUUUAAUCUUCAGCAUGUUCACAUGUACAUAAGUUGCUUUGUGCUGUUUUUUUCUGUCAUGGUGGGAAGGAGGUCGCUGGUGUUGCUGGUAUACUAGUUCUUUAUGCCAAAUGUUUCUACCAGUCUAGCUUCUGCUUAUUGCAGGUGGGCUUCAUUUGGAUGCUGCAUCUCCUGUAAAAUUUGGUUUGCAGAAGCCUGGAGUAUUGGGGAGGCGAUGCAACUGAAUACAGUGCUGUGACAUCUAUGACAUGUUUCUGCAAGUCACAUUCACUAAAAUCAGUCAGUAGAAAACAAACCCAAUUUAUUUGUUCAGUAUUUCUUAAACAUAAUUGCAACAGAUUCAAUUUUAUUUAUUAUAAUAUAUAAUUUAUUAUUAUUUGCAAAUAUGAAUUUCCUUGUGUUUUGACUUCAGGACACAUAUAAAUAACUUAUCCCUCACAUAUACGUCCAAUCCUUUCUAAUGACCAUUCUUUUUAAUGUAAAAUUAUGUAAAUUAUUAACCUACUGUUGGAACAUUUGAUUAAUUUAAAGGAGAAUACAUUUUACCAGAUCACAGCAGGUCAUCACAUCCACUGCAGAAUCCAAAAUGAAAGUGUUUCCAGUCUAAAUGUAAUCUCUAUUAUAUUUACUACUAUUAUGAUGUUUUGUAUUCACCAAAGCAGAGUAAGUUGUUCAUUACCAUUUGAUCUUCUGAUUUUCAUGACAGUCAAGUGUGUCAUGUUCAUCACACCAGCUUAAGUUGGUGCUCGCUUUGUUCUCCCACUGUGCAGCUCAGACCACAGGUAGAAAAUAGUGUCAGACUUCAUUCAGCCUUUCUUAGACUGAAGAGUCUUUGAUUGUGUUUGACGCUUGAGCGCAGCUUGUUGUAAAUUGUGUCGAAUGUGUCUAAUAGGAUUCUGUUAUGAUGAAGUCCUGGACGAGUUGCACUGUUACAGCCUUAUGUUUUAAUCACAUUGUGGGAUUAGUUUAGAUUAGAUUAGAGACUUUUAGCAGAGUUUAGCUUGUUUAGGAGAUGUGUUCCGUUACCUCAGUCCUCAUGCUUUACUGAGCCGUUUAAACCGUCCAUGAACUGUUUCUCAUAGUUGUAGAGCGCAGACCCACUGCCAGCCCCACUUCAUCUGUCAAUGUUUCUUUCCUGUAAAGCUAUGUUGUCGUCCUGACCAGUAACCUUAAGUUGUCCACUUAGCUUCAGGUGACAACAGGUCUAAGUGCAGCGAUGCACUGAGCCCAGUGACGAUUUUAGGAAUACGACUAUUGUGUUUAGUUUUGGAUUUAAAACAUAAAUAUCAAACAUCUGAGAAGAGUUGUUGGAAACCUGUUUUGACAUGUAGACAUCAAUUUGUUUAUUUUUAAACAUUUUUAAAUAUGCCUUUUUCACCUGGCUUCCGAUAUUUUCACACACAACCCAAAAACAAUGGAAGGUGAAUUUUCUCCUACAGAGUGAGUAAAAAAAAAAAUCACGUUCAUCAAACAUUUACAUUCUUUUGAGUCAGAUGAUAAUCAGCAGGUGUGCUAUUGUGUACUCUUUUUUAUUGUACUGUAUUCAUCUAUUUUGAAAGUGGGGGUAUGUUCUCAUCUUUUCUUUUUAUUGUUACAUCAACAGGGUGUAUUCACUUUGUGUUUCAUGUUAAGAACUGUCCAGCCUUUAAAAUGUCCAAAGGUUUUAGUUUUUCAGUUUUCACUUGAAUGUCCUGUAGUUUAACUUGUGUGUUGUGGGAGAUGUAAUUUCUACAAACAGAUUGUAGAAGUAUAUGUUUAAAAAUGUUUCAUUUUUAAGCUCAUGUUGAUUUUUAUGUAUUUGAAAUUAUUUGGAAGUUUUGCUUUUUAUGUUGAUGCCUUACAGUGAUUUAUUUAUAAUAUAAUCAGUUCUGCUGAUGCUGCUUUUCAUUCCUGCUUUGAUUUCUUUAUAAAAGCGAUUCAUGCUCAAGCUGCCAUGUUUUUUUUUUCCUUUUUAUGAUAUAUUUUAUUUGAUCUGAUCUAAUUUAUCGAUUUCAUUUGCCAAAAUGUGAGCUCCCCCAAAGUCCAAAACACAUGUUGGGUUUAUGUGCUUCAGCAUGUUUUGCAGCCAGCAACCAGCUUCAAAACACUGCAUUCUCUCUGUGUAGAUUAAGCAAACUAUUAAUUUCCAUUCAUUUAGUUUAUUAAUUUGUAGAAAUUAGUUCAUGAAAUGAUGCAUUAAGAUAAAAUGCAUCUUGUGUUGUUACCCCACAGUAAACACUGAUAUUUUUCAUCAUUCAAUGACAGAAAAGGAGCCUCUGGUUUUCUAUCUCGUUAGCUGCAGCUAGUAGAUAAGUAGAUAAACGUCUGCCCUUGGCUUUGAAAGGUUGAUAGUAUGAUAUUUCAUCAAGGACAACACACUGGUGUUUCUAUGAACAAUUCAACUGUCCAGUUUUCAUGAUCAGAUGGUUUUCACUGAUGAUGAUGCCACGGUUGUACAGUUUAUGGUGAAGAUGGUGCUUGUUAAGCAGUCAAUGCUGGAAACAGACAGCUUUUUCUCCUGCUUUUGUUUAAGUUGGUAGAUAACACACAGCUUAAGUUGUUGGUUUGUCUCCAGCUGUGUAAUAUCACACUCCAGGAAACGGUUACACAGGUGGUAUUGGUAGCGCUCCCAUGAUAUUAAAUGUUACUGUAGUUGAGAGAAAAUGUUUUAUGAUAUCUGAUUGAAGGUUUUCUCCUUUCAUUUAAUCACAGCAAUCAUCCAUUUCACAGAAUAUUCACUUUCCCUUAGAACAUUAUCUCUUUCUGUUUUGAUCAUUUUCAUUGAUCUGAUUUUCAUUGAUUUUAUGAUUAAAUGGUUAAAUUUAUGUAAAAACCAGGAUGGGUGAAAUGUUUGUCUUAUUUUGAAUGUUCACUAAGAUUUUAAGGAUUAUUUCAUCUAUUAAAGGCCAAAGUUGUGAAAUCUACAAACAAAUCAGGUUUUUGAGACGCCAUUGGUCACAAGCUACAGUUCAGUCCAAAUGUGUCAUCAUUCUGAAUUUUUAGGGGGGCCAUUGUUUGUCCACAGAUUGUGUGCCAGUCAAGUCUUUUUGUUAAUGAUGUUAUCACUUCUACUGAGCUUGUGCUCUCCAGUCUCCGCUCAGCUUGAUAUCUACAGCCUCUGUACUAUUUUACUUUAUGAAUUUCUAUGGUGGUGCACCAUAUUCAGGUACAAAGUACUACAUUUUUAUGUGAAUGAAUAAAUUGGCUUUAUUAUUUUUUAAUUCAGUGAUCACUCAAAUAAAAUAUAACGUGCUGGUUUC